UAUUUUUUAUUUUUAUUUAUUUAUUUAUUUUAUACAGCAAUUAAGCGAAAUCCGCAAACAGGGUCACCGUUGAAGGUCCACCGUAGCCAUGGACUCCACCCCAACCAGCCCCCAACGCCAACCCGAAGGUCCCCCUCUCGUCUCCAUCAAAUCCUCUCCUCGCAAGCUCCCCAUCAAACGCAAGAACCUACUCUCCUCUUCUGACCCUAACCCUAAUUUCCUCUCCUCCAAGCUCCAGUCCACCCUCGACCAAAGCGACGCCGUCGCGAAGCCACCGCCGUUCAAGUUCCACCGGAUCUGGACUGAGCCCGACGAGAUUCGGUUCCUGCAGGGCCUCCUGGACUGCGCGUCCCGGGGGCUCUCCUUUCCCAGAGACCUCCAAGUCUUUCACGAUCGCUUCUCCGGUACGAUGUCGCAGCCCUACGCCAAGUCCCAGCUCUCCGAGAAGCUCCGCCGGCUGAGGAAGAAGUUUCGGGUUAUAUCGUCCCGGCUCGCCGGCGGGCUCAGCCCGUCGGUGCUCUCGCAGCACGAUCGGGCGCUUUACGAGCUCUCCGAGAAGCUCUGGAGCCCCGAGCUGUCGUCCUCGUCGACAUUUGGUAACAAUUCCAACGAUUACGGUAGCAAUGAGAAGAAGAAGAAGAAGAAGAAGAAGAGCGAGGGCAGUUUGGUUGGGGUUAGGGUUAGCUUCUCGCCGGCCCUGGCUAACUUGAGUUCUCACUCGAAUCAAAACCUUCGUUUCCAGGAAAUCGACGGUGAUGUGAAUGUCGAGUAUGAGGGCAGCGAAAGUGGUGGGCUUGGUGGGGUGGCAGCGAAAGUGGCGUUGGAUGUGUUUGAUGAGUGUUUGGAGGAGGUUCGGAAUCGGAUGGUUGUUGUUUAUCUGAACAAUAAGUCUUCCAAGGUACUGAGGUGGCACCGGCAACGGGUGGCGGAAUUGGAGGUCCUGGCACGGCGCUUGAGGUUGGUUCUCGACAACUCUCUCCAUGCCCAAUCACUAUUUUCAAAUUCGAUGUAGAUAUUGUUUACGUUGACGUACAAUUUAUUAUUAUUAUUAUUAUUUUUGUGUAGCUUGAUAUGUU